AUGUUAUCAAGUGAUGAUUGUGUUUUUAAUACAACAGGUGAACAAAUCUGGAUCCCAUUUACACCAUUAAGUAAAGAUUGUUUAUAUUUAAAUAUGUGGAUAUCAAUUAAUGAUCAACAAGAACCAUUAGCUGUUAUGGUUUGGUUUUAUGGAGAAGGUUUUGUAUCAGAAUCAAGUACAUUACGAGUCUAUGAUGGUUCAAUAUUAUCAUCAACUCAAAAUGUCGCUAUUAUAUCAAUUGAAUAUCGUGUUGAAUUUCUUGGUUUUCUUUAUUUGGAUACACCGGAUGCUCCAGACAAUCAAGAUCUUUUUGAUCAACAAUUAGCAUUAGAAUGGAUUUAUAGAAAUCUAAGAAAUUUUGGUGAUGAUACACAACGUAUUAGAUUAUUUGCUGAUCAGCUGGCACUUGAAUCCUAUAAUAGUGGUUUUAUUGGUUAUACAUUUGUACCAACAAUUGAUGCUGAUUUUAUACCUUAUGAUCCUGAACAAAUAGUAAGUAAAAGAGACUUUAAAAGAUGUUCUAUUUCAUUAGCUGUUAAUAAAGAUGAAGGUACAUAUUUUAAUGUUUAUAUUCCAUAUGAAAAUAUGAGUAUUUAUUCAUGGUCAUAUGUUGAUUAUAAAACAUUUCAACAUGCUAUUAAACAAAUUUGUUUUUCUUUCCAUUUUCAAUCUGUUUUGUCUUGCAGUACUACAAAAUAG